AUGGAAACUUCCGCCGCCACUGAGUCAACUGCUAAGCCAACUGCAGCCGGCUCUUCGGAAUUUCACCCUGGCCUUCGUUUCUACGCGGCUUUUGGCAGUCUCCUGAUUGUAAUCUUUGCUGCCGCCCUGGACGCUACUUCAUUAUCAACCGCUCUACCUAUCAUAUCUCAAGACCUCAACGGUUCUGCAAUUGAAGCCUUUUGGGCCGGGACGUCCUUUCUACUCACCAGCACGGUCUUCCAGCUCACAUUCGGAUCAUUGUCUCAAACAUUUGGUCGCAAACAUCUCGUUAUCCUCGCGCUUGUUCUCUUUACUGUUGGAUCGAUAGUCGCCGCUGUCGCUAAGAAUUUUACGACCUUAUUCGUCGGGCGUAGUAUCCAGGGGUCUGGUGGGGGAGGUAUUAUCUGUCUGACGGAAAUCAUCAUUACCGAUCUUGUGCCUUUACGUGAGCGAGGAAAAUGGUUUGGCUUCCAGGGCGCAGUAUGGGCGAUUGGCUCUGUGACUGGGCCGGUAAUAGGCGGGGGUUUGGCUCAGGCCGCAUCCUGGACUUGGAUCUUUUGGAUUAAUCUUCCAAUCUGUGGCAUCGGUUUCGUUGCGGUCAUGGCAUUCCUCAAACUGAACAAAGUGCCCGGAUCUUUCAUCCCAAAGGUUACCAAGUUCGAUUGGGUGGGAGUCUGUCUACUCACUUCUUCUGCCACGAGUUUCGUAAUGGCUGUUUCCUGGGGCAAUGUUAUGUUUCCAUGGUCCUCAUGGCGAACACUUGUACCUGUGAUUCUAGGUGUCGUUGGACUUGCUGGCUUCGUCCUCUACGAAGCCAAAGUCCCGGUUGAUCCAAUAAUCCGAAUUGCCAUCUUCAAGCAGCGAACAGCUUUGAUCAGUUACUUGGGCACCUUUCUUCAUGGUGUUAUACUUUGGUGUCUGCUUUACUAUAUGCCGCUCUACUACGAAUGCGUCAAAGGCUACAGUCCAACCAUCUCGGGAGUUGCAGCCUUCCCCGAGACCUUCACCGUCGCGCCUGCCUCGGUCGUCGUUGGAGUGCUAGUUAGCAGGUGGGGUCGCUUUCGAUGGGCAGUCUGGACCGGUUGGUCUCUGAGUGUUCUAGGCAUGGGACUCCUCUACCUACUAGGACCUUACACGACAAUACCCCAAUGGCUGUUUAUAAAUCUCGUGCCGGGCCUUGGCCUGGGCAUGCUCUACUGCAGUCUUUCUUAUGGCGCGCAAGCUGGGGCAGAGGAAAAAGACGUGGCAUAUGCAGCCUCUAUGUAUACGUUCUCGCGCUCCUUUGGGCAGUGCGUCGGCCUUGCAAUUGGGGGUGCAAUAUUCCAAACACAAUUUGCUAUCAAGUUGAGGGCAUACCCAGCACUCGCAUCCCAAGCAUCCAGUCUCGCGAAGGAGGCGAGUGCGCUUGUUCAGGUUGUCAACGCAAUGGACAAGGAGUCUCCUGAGCGUGUUAUGAUUAUUGAGGCAUAUGCAGACAGUCUCAAGGUCGUCUGGGCUAUCAUGGCAGGUUUGGCCUUUGUUGGCCUCGUGACGAGUGCUUUUACAGAAGGACUCGAUAUUAACAGAGAACCUGAAGCGGAGCAAAUACUCCGAGAAAAGCUCGAUACUCCUUGA